ACAGAUGGUUGAUCGCUGCCCAGCUCAAUCAAAGCGUAUGCUAACAACUAAUUUCCAAUUUAUCAGUCCUAAAGGAUUCUAGUGCUCUACUAUCCCAUGAGGCUGCCUAUUGCUUGGGUCAAAUGCAGGAUCUUCGUGCUUUAAAUCAUCUAAUGGAUACAGUAAUGGAUGAAAGUUUGAAUGUUAUGGUCAGACAUGAAGCAGCCGAAGCAUUGGGCGCUUUAGGAGAUGUGCGAGCACUCUCCGUUUUAGAAAAUUUUAAAGACAGUGUGAUAAAAGAACUUUCGGAAACAUGUGAAAUAGCUAUUCAACUCAUUAAAUGGAAACUAAAGCACGGAGCUAUCAAAUCAGAUGGACCCUUUACAACUUUCGAUCCCGCUCCACCUUCAAAAUCAAAAGACUUUGACAAAUUAAAGGCGGGGCUUUUGAACUCGAAUUUCAGUAUAUUUAAACGAUACAAAAUGUUGUUCGCCUUGAGAAACAUGAACACAAGACAAAGUGCGCUCGCCAUAUGUGCAGCAUUCGGUACUGGAAGCCCCUUGUUCGAACAUGAAUUGGCAUAUGUCCUUGGCCAAAUGGCAUUUGAAGUGACGGCAUCUACUUUGGCAGCGGUUUUGGAAGAUACUACCAAACAUGAAAUGGUUAGACACGAAGCUGCUGAAGCGCUGGGAUCAAUAGCAGAUAAAUCAUCAUUAGUUAUACUACAAAAACAUGCGCAAGACGAUGUAGCAGUAGUCAAGGAAAGCUGUAUGGUAGCGCUCGAUUUACACGACUAUUAUAACUCUGAUGAGCUACAGUACGCAGAUGGACUCAGUUAUGCUGAUGCAGGAGAAGAAUAGCCAGUAAAUGUAUGCCAAAUUAUGUAUUAGUUUUACUCCGCCCUUUUGAUAAAAAUUUUUAGCAAAAAUAAAUAGAAUUUCUUUGUAUGAUGUGUAUGUAAGAUGCAUUACAACAAGUGUAUCAUAGUACUGGUAGUAACGUUAUUCUGUUGAGUAGUGUGUGUUUUUGUGCUCCAAUUUUGUAUUGCAAAUAUGGCUUUUGUUCACCAGAGAGCUUUGUGUUAAACAAGAUGAUGUUGCACUAUCAAAAAAUACAGAACGUGUAACGGGCAGCCCGUACCAAAUGUGUACGCUAUGCCGGGAGUCUUCUACUAAAUUUAUAUAGUCAGCCUUUAGGUAAAUAGCUGCUUAAAGGCGUCUUAGUUUUUAUAGCAUUUGGCAUACCAUAUAGGCGGCAAUAGGAAAAACGCACAGCGACACCGAAAGCAACAGUAUGAUUUACAUAAUUAAAG